UUUCAUGUGUCUCGCCUGAUGUUUAUUUGUUAGACCACCCUCACUCCCAUGCCCCACCUAGGUUGUCUCAUUCCCCUGUGUAUUCAUACCUGCCCUUCUCAGUUGCACCUUGCUAGUUUGUCAUAUCCUGCUUUCCAAAUCCUGAGCCCUUAUUUUCCUUUACUCCAGUUUUAGCCUCCUUGUUCCCGAGCCCUUGCCCUUGUGGCAUUCUCUAUCGUUGGUUUUUGUUUUCUGGAUUCCUGUGUAUGAGCCCCUGCCUGAUUCUCUGGACUCUUCUCUGGUUUUUGUGGAUAUCUGUACCUCUGCCUUAUUUGGUCUGACUUUUUCAUCAUCCCAGUGCCUGCUAUUGGUUCCUCUGUUCCCCCAGCCAUGACACUACUGUUGUUGCUAAAGCAAUGGCAUCUUAAAAUAGUUUAUACAGAUAGAACCGUGAGUUUUAACGCUUUAAAAUGGUAUAUCCUUGGCCGGUGAGACUUAGGGGGUUAAAAGCCUACAUUGCAUUUGUUAGAUACAAACAAACCAUGAUGACAGUAGUACACAUUGCGAUUCAAAUUAGCCACUGCCUGGGAAAAGGCAUCAGAGGCGUAUAAGUCCAGGAAAAGUAUAUAGUUAUUUUAGGUAAAUACAUAGUUUUCCAGUAUUCCCUUUUUCCCUAAAAAUAUAACAUUACCAGGCCAUAGCGCAUGUCAUUGGAUCAUUUGUGGUCAUGUAAUGGUUCAACAUUUCAUGGGUAUAAAGAUGUAAUGGCGCAGAAUUCAGAUAAGUGUCUCUUCAGUGAUCAGUUAAAGCAAAAAAAAAAAGUUGUAGGACCACAAUAUAGUGCUGUUGGGCGGUAGCAGGCUGUUGUAACUGCCAGACCCAGGUGGAAUUUAGACCAGUACUGUGCAGAUUAGUUUUAGCCAAUAAUUACGGAGCCCUUGACCUUGUAUAUUGACCUUGAUGUAAGAGGUCAAAUGGGUGUAUGGUGGCCCUGCUCACCACUGUCGAAAACGAAAUAACUUUUGCAAGCAGAAAAGGAAACGGGCAAAGCAGUAGUUGUGCUUUGAGAAUAGUUUUGCACACUUGUUCAGAUUAUGUGCAUGUUAAAAGUGUGGAUUUCUCCUCGACCGUCAAAGUCAACAACAUUCCACUCAAAGAUGGGCUUUUUUUGUUUUGUUUUAGCGUUUGUCUUUAAAGUAAUGCCUCGGACACUCCUGUUUAAGUAAGCUCAUGUACGCAGAAAAAGUGUGAAACAUACCAUCCUGAACUCUGCCCGCAUACCAAAAAAACUUCAUAGAGGUUUCACCAUUCAAACUGCGUUGCACAGUGUUGUGUGCCUUUAUACACGCCUGACACAAGAAGCAAGAGCAUUAAGUGUCUGCAUUCUUUCUAAGUCGGAAUAAAAUAAAAUGGUCCGUUAUUAAGCAUUUUAGUCAGUUUUGCAUUUUUCCAAGGGUUAAUCGACUUGCAGUGCCCUCCAAAUAUGUGUCAACGGUAGAAUGAUUUUUUUUAUUUUUCAGCCAUUUGAAUUGGGGAACAAAAUGAAUACGAGACAAAAGUAAAGAAAUUGCUCUUUUUGUGUCCCCCCAUUGUCAGCUUUGGAAAAGUAAGUUGUCGGAUUCCCUUUGUAUAGACUGUUGAUUCCAAACUGUUUUCAUCAGUGGAUAUUGCAUUUUCAUCUUACUAUGGCUGAAAAACAUCUAAUCUGGUUGGGGAGGGCAGCAGUAAAAAUAUCACAAGCGACUGUACGCAGAAGGCUUUGAGAGUAGAAUUGCAUGUAUAGUAUAGAGGCAAGAUGUGAACCUCUUAUCAGCAUCCCACCUCAACUGUGCAAUAUGGAGGAGGUAGUAUCAUGGCUUUGGCAUGAAUGGCUGCUUCUAGAACAGGUUCAAUCAUCUUUAUCGGAGAUGUAAUGGUGGAGGGCAGCAAUAGGAAUUAUUUGAAAGUGUAUAGACAGAUUUUGUCUCCCCAUGUACAAGAAAUGUGUCUGACGUUUCAUCCUUCAACAAGACAAUGACAAAAAACACACAGCUUAUGCAACCAAAGCAUUCACCAGUGGGAAAGAUGGGAAACUUUUGGACUGGUCAAGUCAGUCAUCUGAAUUAAAUCCAACUAAGCAUGCAUUUCAUAUCACUUAGAACUGUAAGGGCAAUUUUUUAAAAAAGAGUCAAACAUGGAAUGGUUGCAAACUUGUCAGAAAGAAGACACAUGCGCAGGUUGUCCCCAGGGAUGGCGAGGAUGAGGAAGGCCAUAACGAACCCAAGGAUCACUGUUUAAGAAUAGCAGAGAUUGGUUGCAUCUUGCGGUCGGCAAGUCUCAAAAAGCCAUAAAAUUAUAUCAAUGAUUGUAAAAAGUUUUGCAUGGAGGAAUGUUCAAAAAUCCCUCCAAGGUACUCUAACCUUAUCGCGAAUUAUCGGAAAAUACUCAUAGCUGUCAUCUUUGCCAGGGUUGUUUGCGAAAAAAUAAUAAACCAUGGGAGCCAAUUAUUGUGAAUUUUAUUAUUCUUUUUUUUUAUGUAUGACUAAAUGUAUGAUUAAUUCCAUUGAAUCUUUAAUAAAGCACACUUUACACAUGUUGAAAGAAAGGCUUAUGUCAAUAACUAUUGUUUUUAGUUUACAAAUAUUGUGUUUAGUGCACAGUGCGUUUUUCUCAAAUGCGCCAAUAAUUAUGGACAGUUAUUUUCUGUAGGAGAGGUUUGACAGCGCCAUAAGCACGUGUUACGAGACAAAGAAAGACCCUGCUCAGGACUAGGGGUCGUAAAGUGAAAGUGGGGUUACCGAAUACUUGUUCGCGCGUUCUAAAGCAAAGAAAACGCGGUUUCAGAGAUAUUGGAGCCUAUUGCUAUGAAUGAUUUGGUGAUGAUUUGAUGCUGGCUACUGUUAAAAGAAUGACCACUCAAUACCAAGCUUUCAAAACGUCAAGAAGAAUCUGUGUUGAAACGAUGCUUCUUUGUGUAAUAGUGUGCCAGUGCAGGUGGUGUGAGGGGGUGGUAGAGAGACGGGCCACCAUCAGAGUGAAAGUGGGAGACGGCUCUCUUUUCCUGUCUCGCCUGAAUCCAACCAAAGCUACAAUGUUGACCUAUUUUUUAAGACAAUUAGAAUAGUUUUCUGGAGUCCUCACACAUUAUUUCAAGUUCAUGAACAAUAUAAGGGAAGGAUCACUGUUGUCAAUGACUCAAUGUGGCUGAACAAACCAAACCUAUCAGAUUCUGGCUUGUAUCGAGUUAAAAUUGAAUAUAUAUCAGGGCAUUUUAGGGCACCAGAGAACACAUACUUUCACCUGCAGUUUUUUGGUAAGUUGGCACAAAGCAGAUUUCACAUUAUCUAAAUGUUUUUCCACCUUUUACACACCAUCAUUUGUCAUUCAUAUUAAGUAUUGUAUUAUAUUAUUAUAGGGAAUACAUAAUGACAGCAAUAAUUCACUUGUAAUUACACGGACUGGCUGUACACGUGGCAUAUGUUGCCAUUGAAAGUUGGCAAAAAACAAAAAACAAAAAAACUACGCAAAGUGGUAUGUAUUCUUGCCGACCUGUGAAGUGCGCCCCCCCUCCUCCAUUUUAAGUUACUUACAUUUAUCCUCAGGCGUUCAGAUUCCUUUGUACUAUGCUCAUUAAAAUAAUGAAAAAAUAAAAAUAAAAUAAAAAAGUUGGGCAAACAUUUGUCAACUAGACUGUUAACCCUUGUGUGGUCUUAAGGGUCAAAAAUGACCCGCCACUAUGUUUAAAAGCAGAGGAAACCCCCAAAAUGACAUUUUUUCAACUUGAAAUUUGACAGGUUGUUUCUUCAUGCAAAAUAGACUUGGGGUUUAAAAUUUUAUUAAACUGCUUUAUUUUAGGGGUUUAGUGAAGGCGGGUCAUUUUUGACCCUUCAGACAAGGGGAGUAUACAGAAUGUUAAGACUACACAAGGGUUAAUACUUCCACAGAAUUAUUUUCUGGUAUUUGGGGUACACAUUAAUGCUUGGCAUUACCAAAUAAUGGAAGUUGAAAUGUCCCAAGUGAAUGUCCCAUGAAUGUGAAAUGGCCCAAGCCUCUGGAUAUUUAAAUGUUUACUUUGUGUUCAAUAUGAGAAUGGAGUGAAGUUAAAAUUGUGAUUACUUUUCCUGUAGAGCCUGUAUCUAAACCCAACAUCACAGCAGAGUGCCUGGGGAAUAAUGUCAGUCUCAGCUGCUUCAGUCAGGGGACUGAAAUUACUUAUAGCUGGGAAACUCUGCCCCCCAGUGGUAAUGACAGCUAUGUGCAGCUGGGCCAAACUAUUCACCUCCAGCUACACCCCCACCCUCCCUCCACAACAUACACGUGCACCGCCCAUAACCCUGUCAGCAAAGCCUCCAGUGAUUCUACUGAUCUGGAAAAGUGCUUCACCUCAGGAUCACAAGGAAGAUGGAUUCCAGCCUUGUGUGCAUCAUCUAUUUUCAUUGUCUUCGGAGCACUAGUACUGCUGUACAUGAGGAAAAGGCAAACACAAUAUGAAAGGGAACCAAUUCAAGAGGCAGUCAUGGAGAACGAGCCACCAUCUGCAAUGCCUUCUAUUGAUCCAAUAUAUGUCGCAGGAAUAUACACUCAGUGAGCACUUUAUCAGGGGAGAGCUCAUUCCAGCACUGGGGGCCAAAGUAAAGAUGAGAUGUGACAGAGAGGAGGGACCCUUUCGGAAAGGGAAUGAAAACUAACAGAAGAGGCAGAGUGGAGCGGUCUGGCAGGAGUGAUGAAGUGGUCUGUAUUCUUUGGAAUGAUCUGUGGGUGCAUCGUUCUCAAUCAGUUUAGCAAUGCCAGAGUCAUUCCUGAAGGAGUUCCAUAUGAUGAGCCACCAAAUGUGCCCUACUGGCCCUACUCUACCACGGACUUCUGGAGAUACGUGGAAUACUUCCGCAGCAUCGGGGCCUACAACCACAUCAACGAAAUGGCUAGGGCCUUUUUCGCCCAUCAACACCUUGGAGACACACUGGGCUAUGAAGUUGCUGGGGGGCAUGAACAUUAAAAAUAAUAUGUUGAGGAACAAUGGUGUCCAAUAAGCUUUAGAGAUGCUAUCCAGCCAGCAGCUGAUGUGGUCAUAAAACAUUAAAGGUCCAAUUCAAUCAAAAGCUCUAAAUAAGUAGUUGGAAGGAACCCAAUAAACCAAUAAUCUCCAGUGUACACCACUGAUGCCAACCUUGUUUUAAAUCACAUAGGUGAAUGAAGUAAUCCAAAUAAUCUUAAAAUAAUAUUAUAUAGUAUUUCUUAACGUGAACCUAUAGCAGUUGAGUUCACAAUUUUAUA